ACCCACGUGGCAGUGUAAGCAGGUCGCGAGUACCAUCCUUGACGCUGCUGCAACGUAGCAGAUUUCCCUUGCAUUGCUUGCAACCAUGGUAGCUUCCAUUUCUUCACCCGCCCAAUUUCUUUGACCUUCUCUCUCACUCUCCGAUCCCAUUUCGUUCCAACGCAAAAGAAAGAAACCCUAGAGAGUCCUAGACGUUGUCGUUUCUUACCUCUACCUCGAUCCGUGUCAAUGUCCAGAGGCGCGUGGCGAUGAUGACGGGGAAGUCUGACUUGUUGUCGAUCCGCGUUCCCUACAAGAAUCUCCACCACGAUUCCUCCGCCCCCGAACUCGAACUCGUCGACGUCAACCACCGCAACUUGCCACCAUCACCGCCACCGCCAAAUCACUCUCCCUCGCCGCCGAACAACACCAACAUCAACGCUCCGUUGCUUCAUCUCGUUCUCAGUUGCACCGUCGCCGCCGGCGUCCAAUUCGGCUGGGCCUUGCAGCUCUCUCUCUUGACGCCCUACAUUCAGACGUUGGGAAUAGGACAUGCGUUUUCUUCGUUUAUUUGGCUCUGUGGCCCCAUUACAGGUCUUGUGGUUCAACCAUGCGUUGGUAUUUGGAGUGAUAAAUGUACUUCAAGGUUUGGCAGAAGACGGCCGUUCAUUCUGGCAGGAUCUCUUAUGAUAUGUCUGGCUGUGAUAUUAAUCGGAUUUUCUGCUGACAUUGGAUAUGUAUUAGGUGAUACACAUGAGCAUUGCAGAACAUUUAAAGGGACCCGAACAAGGGCUGCUCUUGUAUUUAUUCUUGGGUUCUGGAUGCUGGACCUUGCUAACAACACAGUGCAGGGGCCAGCUCGAGCACUUUUGGCUGAUCUGUCUGGUCCUGAUCAACGCAAUGUUGCAAAUGCUAUAUUUUGCUCGUGGAUGGCAGUUGGGAACAUCCUAGGAUAUUCUUCAGGUGCUAGUGGAAAGUGGAACAAAUGGUUUCCUUUCUUGACAACUAGAGCUUGCUGUGAAGCCUGUGGCAAUCUUAAAGCAGCAUUUCUUGUGGCUGUGGUGUUUCUGACAUUAUGCACACUUGUCACCCUAUAUUUUGCUGAUGAGGUUCCACUUACUACUGCAAGUCAACAUCAUCACUUGUCAGAUUCUUCUCCUUUACUGGAUGAACAACAACAAAAUGGUGUUGAUUUUUCAAAAUUAAAGCCUUUAUCUGUUAUGGAUGAAUCCAAUAGUAAGAGAACUGAGAAUCACAUUGAGAAAGAUACAGAGCUGAAGCAUGGGAAUUUCAAAGCUGGGGAAGAUCAUGCUGAAAAUGUAAUGGAUGGGCCUGGAGCGGUAUUGGUAAACUUGUUGACAAGUUUAAGGCAUUUGCCACCUGCCAUGCAUUCAGUCCUGGUUGUAAUGGCUCUCACUUGGUUGUCUUGGUUUCCCUUCUUUCUGUUUGAUACGGAUUGGAUGGGGAGAGAAGUUUAUCAUGGUGAUCCAAAAGGGGACACUUCUGAAGUAGAUCUUUAUGAUCAAGGAGUUAGAGAAGGUGCAUUUGGUUUGCUAUUGAAUUCUGUUGUCCUUGGAAUUAGCUCUUUCUUCAUUGAACCAAUGUGUAAGUGGAUGGGUGCAAAAUUAGUAUGGGCACUGAGCAAUUUUAUCGUCUUUGUUUGCAUGGCUGGCACUGCUAUCAUUAGUCUUAUUUCAGUAAGAGAUUAUUCUGGAGGGAUAGAACACAUAAUUGGAGCAAAUGAAGGAAUCAAGAUGGCUUCCUUGGUUGUGUUUGUUCUUCUUGGUUUUCCUCUUGCGAUUACCUAUAGUGUUCCCUUUGCCGUCACAGCAGAGUUGACUGCUGAUUCAGGAGGUGGCCAAGGAUUGGCUAUAGGAGUUCUAAAUCUUGCAAUUGUUGUUCCUCAGAUGAUUAUAUCCCUUGGUUCUGGUCCUUGGGAUGCUCUCUUUGGUGGUGGCAAUAUCCCUGCGUUUGUUUUGGCUUCCGUGUGUGCUCUUGCCGGUGCUGUCAUUGCAACUCUCAAACUGCCAGAUCUCUCUAGCAGUUCAUUCCAGUCAACAGGUUUUCAUAUUGGCUAACCAUUGGGAGAGAUCUAACCUGGUAAUAUCUAACUUGUACGUGGUCCUGUGAAAUCGGGAGUACACCCAAAAUAUGGAGAGCUGGCACGGUGAUUGCGUGUUAUGUUGCUUUCCAACCCACAAAAGGCGCAUGCCAUAUUCAAAUUCAUUCUUUUUGCCCCCCACAUUGUGGUUGUCUGUAUUUUAUGUAAUGUAAUGUUAACUGACUGCACAGUAGAAGAAAGCUUAGGGGCAUAUAGUAACACGGUUUUGUAAUAUGUUAUUCACUCACUUAUGCGUUGUUUGGACAAGUGAAAUAUACAGGGGAAAAAAAUAAGAGAAGAGAUAGAAGGGGGAUGGAAAUGAAAAGAAGUAAAGUAGAAAAAAAUAUGUUGUUUAGAUGAAUAGCAACAGGUGUUUUUUUUUUUUGUUUUCUUUAAUUACUGUUUUAGUCACUGAAUUUCAGGUAUAUAUUUUUUUAGUCCCUGAAAUUUAAAAAUAUUUUUUUU